GAGAGAGAAAUCCGCCUGUGAAGCGCACGACGUGCUCCGACUCCUCCAAGUGCGUCUGCUCCGGGCGAUCGAUGAGCACCGCGACGCUCCCCCGCGCAGCGCGCUGCCCCUCGUCCUCCGCCUCGCCGCGCCGCUCGCCAUAGCGCAGCGCAACUUUGGCACCGGGCGCAGAGGCAAAGGGAAGUUUGGAUUCUUUCUAUUUUUCUUUUUUUCCUUUUUUUUUUUGAAAUCACAAUUUACCUCUUGCUGUUUCCUGAUUUUUUCUUUUUUUUUUCUUCUUAUAAAUAAAUAUGAGAGGUCGGUUGGUUGUCACUUUUCUUUGGGAUUUAACAUGUGCCUUUUCUCAUGCGCUUUUACGGGUAGGAUAAGGAAACAACAAAAAGGUGUGACAAGAGCCUGGCGGACAACUGUGGAUUUCUCUGAGUAACUCCUACCGGGGAUGAGGGGGGCAUCGGCCGGACCCCCCUCUUGAUUGAUUAGCCUACUUAUUAGUCAUCCCUUUGGCUAAAUGGGAACCAUUGAAAAGGCACCGUGGAACACAUACAUGAAUCAAAUAUUCCUGUGUCCCCUGAAUGUCUCAAGAGUAGUUUUGCUUAAGAGAGGGGGUCGUGGCUUAGCAUUAACAGCAUAGCUUUAUGGGUUCAUUUUAGACAGCAUUGUGCCGCUGUAAAAAAGAAAAAAAAAGAGAAGGGAAAAACUCGAGAGGAUUCCAAAGAGGAGAACAUUUGUGGACAUACAUUUUUUUUUUCUCCAAGUUAUUCCGUUGUUUCUUUUAUUUUUCUCCCACCUCUCAUUUUAAAUAUUUUUUUUGCCAUUUCCUCUCCCGAAAAAUGAAACUUUGGACAUAUCCCUGGGUGUCUUGCCUGGUGAUUAUCAUCUUGUGUUUUGGAUCAGAGUGCGGGACAGCCCGGAGAAAGGGGAGAUCCAAGAGGGAGUUGGUGCGCAUUAGGGAGGCGAAAGCCACCGUACCGGGGGCUUGUGCCACGCGUCUGCCCCGGGGCAAGCGCUCUUUGCCCGGCUCGGAGCGCCGGGUGCUCCGCCAGCGUCGGCGCUCCUCGCAGGCGGAGGACCACUCUCCGGACCGGGGGAAGGCUGUCUAUUUCACCGGCAGGGGGGAUCAGCUUCGGCUGAAGCCCGGCGUGGAGAUACCCCGAGGAAAUUUCACCCUGGAGAUGUGGAUCAAACCGGAGGGAGGUCAACGAUCACCCACCGUGAUUGCAGGCCUAUACGACAAAUGUUUCUAUGCCUCCAGUGACCGUGGCUGGCUGCUUGGCAUCAAGGCAGUUAGUGAACAUGGGAACCGUGACCCCCGCUUCUUCUUCUCCCUCAAAACUGAUCGUGCCCACAAAGUGACCUCCAUCCACUCCAAUGCUCGCUACGUACCCAACCAAUGGGCACAUGUGGCAGUCACAUAUGAUUGCGUAUACAUGAAGCUCUUUGUCAAUGGCGCCCAAGUGGCUGUCAGUCGGGAGCAAUCGGGUGAUGUCUUUAGUCACUUGACCAAAAAGUGCAAAGUCCUGAUGAUUGGGGGGAAUGCACUGAAUCAUAAUUACAGGGGAGCAGUGGAAAGGGUGGGUCUAUGGAGGCAGGCCCGAGGGCAGAGGCAGAUAAUCAGGGAUAUGCAGGGCCACGAGGACCCCCAAGACCUACCUCAGCUGGUCAUUCGAGAAACAUUUGAGCACCCAGGCCGAAAGUGGCUGACUGUAAAAGAUGGUAACUUUCCUCAGCCUGAGCAGGGAGGAGGUGGCCGAUUAGGGUUUCUGGGUGGUGGCGGAGUUGAAAAUGUUGAGGGAUUAUUGGACACGACGCUGGAUCCUCCAACUUGUGGUCAAACUGUGUGUGACAACGUUCAGGUCAUCAAAAACUACAACCAUCUUUGGACAUUCCGUCGGCCCAAGAAAGUGCGAUAUCGUGUCAUAAAUGUAUGGGACGAUUCACGGAUGAGGCCGACCGUAUCAGACCACCAGAUCAGCCUGCAGCACCAACAACUAAAUGAUGCCUUUAGCCCCUACAACAUCACCUGGGAGCUCAGCAUUCACAAUGUAACCAAUUCCUCCCUUCGUAACCGGCUGAUUCUAGCUAACUGUGAUAUCAGCAAAGUUGGCGAUGAUGCAUGUGACCCAGAAUGCAACCAUCCGCUAACAGGGUUUGAUGCAGGUGACUGCAUGUCUGGGCACCGGAGCCGUUGCCCUGAGAAUAAACAGGGGAAUGGUGUAUGUGACCCUGAAUGUAACUGGGAAAACUUCCUGUAUGACCUUGGCGACUGCUGUAAUCCCAAUGUGACAGAUGUGACCAAGACAUGCUUCAACCGCUCCUCGCCACACAAAGCCUAUUUGGAUGUGAAAGAGCUGAAAGAGAUUCUGAAUUUGGAUGGCUCAACUCACCUGAAUGUCUUCUUUGCCAAUUCUUCUGAUGAAGAUCUGGCGGGGGUUGCCACUUGGCCCUGGGACAAAGAAGCCCUCACGCAUUUGGGUGGAAUUGUGCUGAAUCCUUCCUUCUACGGCACAUUUGGUCACACGGACACGAUGGUCCACGAGAUCGGUCACAGUCUUGGCCUUUACCAUGUGUUCCGAGGUAUAUCGGAGGUCGAGUCGUGCAACGACGCCUGCUUGGAGACCGAGCCCUCAAUGGAGACGGGAGAUCUGUGUGCCGACACCAACCCAACUCCCAAAUACAAAGGCUGCCACGAUCCUGAACCGGGCAACGAGACCUGUGGCUGUCGGCAUUUCACACACACACCGUUUAACAACUACAUGAGUUAUGCAGACGACGCCUGUACCGACUCCUUCACACUGAACCAGGUGGCUCGAAUGCACUGCUACCUGGACCUCAUCUACCAGUCCUGGCAACCCUACUCCAAACCUCCGCCGGUGCCGAUGGCACCCCAAGUGGUCGAGCAGCAUCAUAGUUCCAUCACCCUGGAAUGGUUUCCACCAAUUUCAGGACACUUUUACAAAAGAGAAUUGGGAUCAGUGUGUGAUAAAUGCACCGAGGGGAGAGUUCUGCUGCAGUAUGCCUCCAACUCCUCUUCACCACGGCCUUGUGCCCCUUCUGGACACUGGUCCCCACGAGAGGCUGAAGGCCCUCCAGAUGUGGAGCAGGCUUGUGAGCCAAGUGUGCGCACCUGGAGCCCCAAUGCUGGGAUCGAGCAGGGCGUUGUGGGCCUGUCCGAGUGCCCUCUUCAGGGCUGCAUGCUUCAGCUGGAGUUCCCUUACCCGCUGGUGCCGGACUCGCUCACCGUGUGGGUCACCUUCUUCAGCCCCGAGGAGACGGCGCUGCCAGCCAUCCACAACAUCCUGCUGCUGACUGUCAGCGGGAACAACAUUUCAUUGGGCCCCAGCAAUGUCUUCUGCGACACGCCGCUGACUCUGAAGCUGGACACGGAGGAGGAGGUUUACGGGGUCCAAUUUUUCACCAUGGAGCAUUACCUGGAGAUCGAUGCCACCCUCUUGACGUCCAAGCCCGACUGCAUACAUUGUAGACAUUGCCAACCACUACGCUACCACCUGCUCCGCCAGCCAUCCUUCACCCAUGCACCACACGGUCUGAUGCUGAAUGAACCCACCCGCCGGUAUACAGACAGGGAUAUGGUGCCACAUGUUGUGUACACCUACCGAGUCCAAACCAUCUCCGGUCGGAGUGAGAGUGAGCCCUCUCCACCUUUGGUGCAUGAACUGGGAUCACCCUACUGUGGGGACGGACGAAUUCAGAGUUCCAAAGGAGAGGAAUGUGAUGAUAUGAAUUCUAUGAAUGGGGACGGCUGCUCCACUCAGUGCAAGAAAGAGACUUUCUUCAACUGUGUUGGGGAGCCAAGCAUGUGCUACUACUAUGAUGGCGACGGGGUGUGUGAGGACUUUGAGCGAGAGACUGGUGUGAGAGACUGUGGCCUCUACACCCCCAUCGGCUUCCUGGACCAAUGGGCCUCGACUGUCGAAGUUUCCCACGAGGAGAAGCCUUACUGCUCCGGUGAGGUGGCGGCUGGAUACCCUGCUGUGACUAAAACAUGUCAGUCCAAGGUGUUCGAUCUAUCAGAUGGAGUGUCCCAGUAUGCGUGGUUCCCCUGUCGUGAUAACCACGAGUCAGCCUGGGGAUAUCCUAGCUAUUGGCUCAAGGCCCACUUUUCUCAUCCGAUGGUGGCAGCAGCGGUGAUUAUACACUUGGCUGCUGAUGGGACUGGCUUCCUCGACCAGACUCAGUGUAACAUCACUGUUCAGCUGGUGGACACCAAGGAGGGCAUCCAUAGUCUAGGGGAGUGGCGCCUCAGCUGCCGCACUAACCCUUUGGUGAUCCCAGUGAACCACGACUUGUCAGUGGCCUUCUACCACACCAAGGCGAUCCUGGUCAUGUUCGCCUCUCGCCUCGUGGCUAUCUCCGGCGUCGGCCUGCGCUCCUUCCAGUCCUUUGACCCCAUCACGAUAAGUGGUUGCCAGAGCAACGAGAUCUACAACCCCACAGGACAGAGUUGUGUACAUUAUUCGUGCGAAGCCAUUGACUGCCAGGAACCUUUAAUCCGCAAUGCAGAGCUCAAGUGCAGUAGCCCUGGCCGCCACUUCUACAACGGGGACCGCUGCACCAUAUCCUGCAACUCUGGAUAUGCCCUGCAAGUCCACCAGGACGAUGACAUCAUCAAGAGCCAGUCAACCUCUUCGGUGACCAUAACCUGUGCAAAUGGGAAGUGGAACAGGCAGGUGUCAUGUGAGCCUGUGGACUGUGGCCUGCCCGACAAAUACCAUGUUCACCCGGCUCAUUUCAACUUCUCAGAGGGCACCACCUACGGCAAGAGGAGCACCUUCUGGUGUCGGGAACCUGCCCAGCUUGUCGGUACAAACAACACUCUUACCUGCCUGGAAGACGGCCUGUGGUCCUUCCCGGAGGCCCUUUGUGAGCUCCGCUGCCCGGCCCCUCCUCCCGUACCGAACGCUGUGCUGCAAACCAAGCGCUGCAACGAGACGGGCCUCAAAGUGGGCACCCUCUGCAAGUACAAGUGCAAGCCAGGCUACCAUGUCACCAACAAACCUAAGAGGCGUGCAUUUAAGCGGCAGUGCACGGAGGACGGCAGCUGGCUGGAGGGGGCAUGCGAGCCCGUGACUUGCGAUCCCCCGCCGCCGAUCUUCCACGGCUCUUAUCACUGUACCGAUGGCUUCCGCUUUGACAGUGUCUGCAGACUCAAUUGCACAGAUCCUGCUGGUAAUGCAGCCCUGGCCGCCACAGGAGGCUCUGCCCAUACGGGCGCAGCAUCCAACGUAAUCCGCUGUAGGAAGGAUGGAAACUGGACAGGGUCGUUCCGGCUGUGCCCACACAGCAGAGGCCAGUGUUCCUUACCUCAAAACCUCCAUUAUAGCCUACAGUACUCAUGCAAGCGAGGACACGGCAUAGGCGAAGAGUGUGAGCUGAGCUGCAGAGAGAGUAACAACGACGUGGUGAUCCUCCCCAGCAACAUGACUGUCGAAAGGGUACUUAAAGAGCACUGGAGGAACCCACACAAAGUCAAGAGUAUUGUCUGUACAAUGGGAAUGAAGUGGUAUCCACACCCAGAAUUGCUCCACUGUAUCAAAGGAUGUGAGCCAUUCAUGGGAGACAACUACUGUGAUUCGGUCAACAACAGAGCCUUCUGUAACUACGACGGAGGAGACUGCUGCCAAUCCACUGUCAAGACCAAAAAGGUGAUUCCAUUCCCCAUGUCCUGUGACAUACGGGACGAGUGCUCCUGUCGGGAUCCCAACGCUAUAGAGAACAGAAAGGAUGAACACGUCCAUUCCCUGGGCUGACCCACCUGAGCGGGGACUUCUGCUCAACGUCCCAGGAAACCUUGCUCCGACCCAACACAGCCAGGGUGGCCGAGGCGGACCCCUCCUUCAUGCUCCUCUCGGCCUCCAAUUUCCUGCACAUGCUGCUUAACAGGCAUACCUCUCCAUCCAUACUGCAACGCCAACCAGCUGAAAUGCCUCCGUCUCCACAUCACAGAAAGAUCUCGAAGAGAGGAUGGACUCAUGAGACUCCAUGGAAAACCUCAUUUCUCCGCUUAAAGGAAAGUAACCCUGCAACAUUGUCAUCAAAACAAAUCAUAUAUAGCAAAGAAAAAAAAGAAAGAAAUAACAUGAAGCAGACAUUUUUUGAAACAAAAAGAAAACAAACGAACAAAAGAAAAACAUAACCAAGCCUAGGUAGCAUGCCUUUUGUUCAGUUUUGUGCCGGCUUCAGUGUCUGUUUUAGUGACCCGCUCUCCAAUCACAUGAUUGAACCUAAGGUAACUCAAAAUGUGCAAGUUGGGGAUAGUGUUGAUGUCGGCUUUGUGUUUUGCAAAUAUGAAGGAAGUCGAAGCAAAUGUUGAAAAUAUGAUAUAAUGAUGACUCGGCUCAGACAACGAUCGUUGGAUGUCUACAGACACAAAAACACAGAAUGUAGUAAAAAACAAAACCUGACCUACAGUAUUUUGUCUGAAAGUAAAGGAGGAAAAAUAGCCUCACAUUUUAAAAUUGACUAACCCCAAUGUUUUUGCCUUUAGUGUCUCGCCUUAUGUUCCAAGCCACAGAUUCAACACAAGAGCAAAAAUACGACACACAAACACAGACAAAACAGACAAGUGUUGACCAACCACAGACACAAUUCCCUGAGACAGUUUUUUUUUAAUACUUUCAGCAAAACCCUCCAUGCAAAAUUAAAAACAUUUUUAGCACGGCUUCCGCUACUGUGUUCGCUGCUACCCGCCGUUGUCACAUCAUAAUAUCUAGAUAGGGUUUGACAUCUAAUCGGGUCGUCUGCCUUGCUGCUUAUACAGUUACCUCUUCAUGACAUCCAUUCACGCUUGCAUGUUAGUACUUUCAUCUCAUGACGAUAACGCCACAUAUAAAAAGCACUAAGAACUUAAAAAAACCAUCACAGACCGUCAAUUUUCAUUCCUAUUUCAACCUCAUUGCCCAAAUGAAAAUGCUACAUACAUUGACCAGGACUUAAAGAAUGUCAUCCACAACACCUCACUCCGGGUUGGGGUGAUUUUAGUUUCAGUUUGAAACUCCUCCCUCAUGGUGCUUGAUAAGAACUUUGUUACCUCAAGCACUGAUUUUAAAAGUUCAAACUGAAAAUAAAAUGAUCCCAGCUGUGUUCAGAAUGUAGUCAAUGCUUGUCAGGAGUCUGUGGCUUUUUCUUUUUUUUCUUUUUCUUUUUUUUUGGGGGGGGGGGGGAUUGCACAGUACUGCACAGUACAGUCACACAAGAUUACAGAAAUAAAGGGCUGGAUACAGGCCAUGUCUCUUAGUGAGAAUGAGUAUAGGUGGAAGGAGACCACAUCUGAACACACACACACACACACUCACAUACAGACAAUUCUCUCAUUCUCAGCGCUCCCAGUAGUAUUGGACUCUCAGCUCUAUAGAUCUGCAGGCAACAAUGUUGUACGUAUAAAAUGACAUUUGGAUGUACAUGUCGAUACAGCGCUAGCCGCCACAAUAUGAUCAGAGGUCCAGGAGAUUGGCGGUUGAAGUAAAAAGGGCACUUGGUUGUGAUCAGCACUUUCCAGUAUUGUGAACUUUGGUGUCCCCACCAAUUAACUUCAUUAGAUGGUAUGGCUGCUACAACCACUUUGUAUUUUGUUAUUCUUCAUUCCGGACACAUACACGCUAGUUUGUUCUCACGCACAUUUUAUAAUGAAGGCUGCUCGGCUCACUGGUCCAAAUGUUGCUGCUCCUAUUUGGCUGCAAAAAAACGGCCAUGGUUACAAUCAGGCCCGAUUCAAACUUCUCAUUUCAUCUGGUUCCUCUGACUCGUGACUCUGCUAAAGCAUUCCAGACCAUUCUCAUAACGUAGGGAAACACAGCCGGCUGUACAAGUGGCGAUGUGAGACCAAUGUCAUGUCAUUUAAAAAAAAAUCUAUAUUAUGGCGAAGAACUGAGACAAUACCACAACAUGAAGAGAAAGUGAUAACAGGUAUUAUUUUCCACCAAAUACAACAACAAAUAUUGUGUAAAUAUUACUAUAUGUUCUUGAUUGACAGGAGCGUUGAAAAAAUGGUUUUAAGUUUUCUUUUCCUGUUUUUGUUUUCAUGUAUUUCUUUUUUCUUUUUUUUCUUUUUUUUUUUUACAAAAUGUCAUAUUUAAUCAGUGUUUGUAUUAUUGACCUCAGUUACUGCACUUUUUAGUUGCCAUGUAAGAAGAAAAAGUAUAUCUUUCAAAAAUGUUUAGAAGCUGCUAUUGUCAGAACGGUGAUCUGAAACAAACUGUAUGAUAUUCUUGGUCAUUUGACUCCCCGUGUUGCUCUAACCCUUCCUGUCAUUAGUGAUUUAGUUGUAUCUGACCCGAGAUUCUCCUCCUCACCUUUAUGUUCAAUGUUACCAAUGAAGAAGGGUGGCAUUGUCACGAUCAUUUUCCAUCCUUCUUAGAGGUCCCGAAUCUUACAAAAUAGGGUACACGCCAAUGAAUUAUCUAUAGAAGGUAUAUUGUAUAUUGAAAGUAUAUUGUCACAUAUUUAAGGUCUAGCUAGGUUGCAAAUAUGUUUGUCUUUUGUUUUGCCCUGAUGUUGGUGUAAUACAUCCUUAGGUUAAGGUGUAAAUUUUGGAGAACCGACAAAUGCCGUAGGUGAAGGAAAGGCUUAAAUGAAGAAGAAAUUCCCAUUCAAAGGGACUCUCGAAAGACUUUGUAACUUUUAUGAAAUAUGAAACUUUGUAAGGACGUUCUAAAGGCUACAUCAUCUUCAAAGAUUGCAUUUAACACUUUAUAUGAAAUAUAUAUAUAUAUACAUAUAUGUAUAUGUAUGUAUAUAUAUGUAUAGCCCUGGUUGAAAAAAAAAGAAAAAAAAAGACUUUCAUUAUGUUGAUAUUAUCGAAUUAUAUAUAAUAUUAGUACUCCAGAUACUGCUGCUUUACAACUGUCACCAGUGGGAAGAGACUGACCUGCAAUCACUACACUAUGCCAAUGACAUGCAUUACUGUGGCUCACCGGGAAGCCGUUCCAGCCAUUCGAUGAAUCCCAAAAUCUGUCAUUGGAUCCCUCCUGACCCGAGUUAACACAACCCAUUGACGCUUCCACAUCCUUCGACUAACUUCUCAACAAACACGUUCAUCAUCGGUCAAUAUCUGGAUACCAAAACAACGCAUUACUAUCAGAGAGGCGACAGAAUGUGACUCCAUGUCAACUUGAAAAAUGUCAUUCUUAAUUUUGGAGAAGGUACCCAUAAGCCAUAGCUAACCAAGAUAUUCAUGGAAGAAAAAAAUAUAAGAUUGCGCAUUGGAUGAGGACAACGCCUCUUUACUGUAGUCUUCACAGGAUCCCUUGCUGUACCUCAUGCCUGUAAUGUUUGCUGCUUCUAUAUUUUUGGUAUUUUAGUGACAUUUUUGCGUCUCAUAACAAUGGUGUAAAUAGUAGAACUAUUUAUUGAGAGUGUUAUACUUUUUUAAGUUAUAUUUAAUGUCCAUGUAAGUUAUUUUUUACAUUGUGCUUAUAAACAGAAACAUUAUUGGUUGUGAGUCAAAGCUGUCAUUUCGUCUGUCAUCACACUCUGUGGCGAUCAUAGCCCACAACCACACAAGAAAUCCCCUUGGUUGUUAAGUGUAGAUGGACACUGCUUCUAUCCAAUGAGGAUUCAUCACAUUUAAAUGUAACUGAGUGCAGUGUAUCUUCUUUCUCUUUAAAACCAGAAUGUAAAGUUUCUUUUUUUUUUUUCUGUUUGCUUUUUUGUUGUUGUGAAUGCACACAUUAGCCAUACAUACAAGCAGUUUUGAAAAAGAACCAAGUAUAUAAUGGUCGAGUACAUAAAUCCAUAAUAUAGCAGACAAUGUUUUUAGAGCCAAUGUAAGGCACACAAGGGAUAUUUGUGCAUCGCCAGCUGAGCGCAGGAGAAAAAAAUUGGCCAGGUGGCAAAGAGAGGGAUCAAAAAUGAAGUGAAAGGAGAACUAGGGGAUCAAAAGGCAGCCGGUGGUGCCCCCGAUAGAGCGAUCUUGGAGGAAAGAGGAGCAGAGAGUGGGCAGGGAGAGAGAGGUAGGGAUGGGUGGGCUGCUUUUCCUGGCCUGUCUCGCUAUUUGCCCAGGUGUGAAAAUGUGUACUCACAGAGGCUGCCCCUCUGGCCAGGGGUGGCCAGUGCUGACUGGCAACAAGCCGAGGGCCAGUGAGUCAGAGUUUCUCCAAGGGGUGGCAGCCGUCCCUCUCUGGGACUCCCACCGCCCCCCUCCCCCCUGCCUACCUCCACCUCCCCACUCCUCAACACACUGCCUCAUCUGUCACUGUCAGGUAUGCCUGCGCAGGGCCGACAGGGUCAAGCUGGCCCUGUGAAAAUGAGAGAGGAUGUUUGCCCAGCUUACAGAGCCUUUUGAAGUUAGGGCUGAAGGAACAGUUCUUCUCACCUGGGGCCUAUGCUUAUCAUAUAAGAUGAUUUGUAUAGCAUUGAUUCCUGACAGGCUUUGAUAACUCUCCACGUUUUCCACCAAAUAGUCGCUCCUUUGUUUCUAAUUCAACAGCAGGUUGUUGUAUUGCUCGUCUCAAAAUGGACGGAAAAAACUUUGUAGUGUCUGACUCCAUUACAAAGCGCCAGGGAGUGUAGGAACGAGUGUCAGAGUCCCUAAUGUAUCCGCUCAGAUCAAUGUGGAGAAAAAUACUGAUGUGCCAUCUUGUUGUAAGACAUUUUCUUUGUGUAUUGUACCACAUGAAGUACCUCUCACAGGCCUCUGGUUAUAGAAUGGUCCACUUAUGUCUGUUUCCUAAUCCGUCAAUAAAUUUAAAAAAGGUGAAUUGUCCCUUUUUUGUAAGUGGAAAAAAAACAGUGUAUUUACAAAUUAUGUGGAUAACUAGUGGUAUUACUGCAAUGUUUCGUACCUGAUUGCUCAACAAAUAUAUUUUAAGAUGUAAAUAAUAAUAUUACAUGAUGAUUGUAUUUGCAAAACCAUCUACUAACUGUUUGGGAGUAGCUCUUGGAUUGAUUUUUAUCAUAAUUAUUAUACAAAGAGAUGAACCGUGAAUUUGUUGUGCAUUGUGUCAAAGUAUCACCCGCAAGACAGAAACAAAAAGAAGAAGAAAAAAAGACCUGUGAUGCUUUACCACACCACUCGCUGUCAGCAUUUAUUUGUCCAUAAUGGCUUAAGUACAAGCACUGUUGUCAGUUGUCUAAACCAUGAAUUUAUCCAUUUGAGUCAUGAAUUAUUUAUUUGUUGUCGAGAUGAAUAAAAUCAAAAAUGGUCACUCCUGGGUGUUAGGAGUCUGUUGAAAAAAAUCGUCCUCAUAGUCAAACUCGACUGAUCGUUGUUUUGCAUUGAGAAGUUCAUUUCAAAUUUGUCCGAGUUGAGUGGCACCAACCAACAGCUUUUCGAUUCUCCUCUCUCCAUAUACUGUAUGUCGUUGAGUCUUAUUCCUUUGCCUCUGUGUUUGCUGAGAACUUCACACCAACACUGUAAAGGAAGCCAUCGGACUCAGAAGUCCCUCCCUCCCUCUGAUGGCCUCCUCUCUCUUUGGUUCUUACACAGUAUGCACUUUUUCUGGCACAUAUACAAACAGAUUGGACCUUAUUUUGUUUUUGUUUCAGUCGAUGUUUCUCUCUGUUUUCCACAGUUGCAAUUAUACAUAUUUUUUGGUGCUCUGGUACAUGGCAAAACAUGUGUACUAUAUUUUCAUAAGGAAGAGUCAUAAAGAUUAGAAGAGUAUCAUGUUCAUUUUGCUGUCAUUUAUUGUGUAGAAAUAAAACACUGGUUAAAGUGAACAUAA